AUGUCUACAACCGUCACACAAGUGCGGACGGGCUCCAUACCCAAGACUCUCAAGACUUCCCAGAUCAGGGUCGAAGAGCAAGAGAUCACAGAGCUCGAUACUGCAGAUAUUCCUUUACCUCCUCCUUCGAAAGAACCAACCGAGGUUCUAAGUCUAGAUAAAACUACACCAGAUAGCCAUGUCCCCCGAGAUCCCCGGCUGAUCCGGCUCACUGGCGUUCACCCGUUCAAUGUCGAGCCUCCAUUGACAGCACUCUUUCAGCAAGGCUUCUUGACGCCUCCUGAGCUAUUCUACGUCCGGAAUCAUGGCCCAGUGCCCCAUGUUCGCGACGAGGACAUUCCCAACUGGGAACUCCGCAUUGAAGGACUCGUUGAAAAGCCAAUCACCCUCAGCUUCAAGCAGAUCCUGCAGAACUAUGAUCAGAUCACAGCUCCUAUUACACUAGUAUGUGCAGGCAACAGACGGAAAGAGCAAAACACAGUACGGAAAUCGAAAGGCUUCUCAUGGGGCUCGGCCGCUCUGUCUACUGCGCUCUUCACCGGGCCCAUGAUGGCCGAUAUCAUAAAGAGCGCCAAGCCCCUGCGAAGAGCAAAGUAUGUCUGCAUGGAGGGUGCCGAUAACUUGCCGAACGGAAAUUACGGGACAUCCAUCAAACUCAACUGGGCCAUGGACCCGAAUAGAGGCAUUAUGCUCGCGCACAAGAUGAACGGCGAAGACCUCAGACCAGACCACGGUCGUCCGCUGAGGGCCGUCGUACCGGGCCAGAUUGGAGGGCGCAGUGUCAAGUGGCUGAAGAAGCUUAUCAUCACCGACGCGCCCAGCGAUAACUGGUACCAUAUUUAUGACAACAGGGUGCUACCUACAAUGGUCACGCCAGAUAUGUCGUCCCAAAACCCGUCAUGGUGGCGCGAUGAACGCUACGCCAUCUACGAUCUGAACGUCAAUUCCGCCGCCGUCUACCCCCAGCACAAGGAAACCCUGGAUCUGGCCGCCGCGAGGCCGUUCUACACAGCAAAAGGGUAUGCCUAUGCAGGAGGCGGACGAAGAAUAACCCGUGUCGAGAUCUCGCUGGAUAAGGGCAAAUCAUGGCGCCUUGCGCGGAUCGAAUACGCCGAAGACAAAUACCGCGACUUCGAAGGUACGCUCUAUGGCGGCCGCGUCGACAUGGCCUGGCGAGAAGCCUGCUUCUGCUGGUCCUUCUGGUCCCUCGACAUUCCCGUCUCGGAACUCGCAAGCAGUGAUGCCCUACUCGUCCGCGCAAUGGACGAAGCACUUAGUCUCCAACCAAAGGAUAUGUACUGGUCUGUCCUUGGUAUGAUGAACAACCCUUGGUUCCGGGUCAAGAUCACCAACGAGAAUGGGCGGUUGCUCUUCGAGCAUCCGACUGAUAUCACUGGCUCGAGCGGGUGGAUGGAACAAAUCAAGAAAGCAGGAGGCGACUUGACGAAUGGGAACUGGGGCGAGAGGCAGGAGGGUGAGGAGCCUGUUGAAGCGGAGCCCGUGGUGGAGGUCAAUAUGAAGAAAGAGGGCGUGACGAGGAUCAUUGAUCUAGAGGAGUUCAAAAAGAACUCGUCGGACGAGAGGCCCUGGUUCGUCGUUAACGGGGAGGUAUAUGAUGGCACAGCAUUCCUAGAGGGACACCCCGGCGGAGCUCAGAGUAUCAUCUCGGCUGCUGGAACGGAUGCUUCUGAGGAGUUCCUCGAAAUCCACAGCGAAACCGCCAAAAAGAUGAUGCCAGACUACCAUAUCGGCACCCUCGACAAAGCCUCGCUCGAAGCCCUUAGAAAGGGCAACGCAGACACAACAGACUCAUCCAGCGAUCCCCGCCCUACUUUCCUUACCCCCAAAGCCUGGACAAAAGCUACUCUGACGAAGAAAACAUCUGUCUCCUCCGACACGCACAUUUUCACUCUCUCCCUUGAGCACCCAUCCCAAGCCCUCGGCCUUCCAACGGGCCAGCACCUGAUGCUCAAAACCCCCGACCCAAAGUCCUCGAGCUCAGGCAGCAUUAUCCGCUCGUACACCCCGAUAUCACCAUCCGAUCAGCUGGGAAUGGUCGACAUUCUCAUCAAAAUCUACGCCGAGACACCCAGCAUCCCCGGCGGCAAGAUGACCACAGCCCUAGAUACCCUGCCGCUCGGUUCCGUCAUCGAAUGCAAGGGUCCUACUGGGCGUUUCGAGUAUCUAGACCGCGGAAGGGUCCUCAUUAGCGGAAAGGAAAGAUUUGUCAAGUCUUUCGUCAUGAUCUGUGGCGGGACGGGCAUCACGCCUGUCUUCCAAGUCCUUAGGGCUGUUAUGCAAGAUGAACAAGAUGAAACGAAAUGUGUCAUGCUUGAUGGAAACCGGCUAGAGGAAGACAUUUUGCUGAAGAACGAGCUAGACGAAUUCGAGGCUUUGGCCGGGAAGAAAGAGAAGUGCAAAAUUGUGCAUACACUGACGAAGGGGAGUGAAAGUUGGACUGGGCGGAGGGGACGUAUUGAUGAAGAAUUGAUUAGGCAGCAUGCCGGGACACCGGAUAGAGAGACCAUGGUUUUGGUUUGCGGGCCUGAGGCGAUGGAGAAGGCUUCAAAGAAGAUCCUACUGUCGUUGGGAUGGAAAGAGGAGAACCUUCAUUACUUCUAG